UCACCAAUUGUUGAACCAGGCCUCAAGUAAGAAGACAAACGCCAAAUUGCCAUAGUUGAAUUUUUCUGAGGAUUCUCAUCACAAUGACUUCACAGUUCAGAGAAACCUUUAGGUCCACAUCAUCAUCAAAUGACUUUGAAUUAGACUACGCAGAGUUUAUUUCAACCCAGGCUUCUGCUAUGCAGUUGGGAGAAGACAUCUCUCACUCAGCAAGAUCUCAGGUCAGUGUUUCUCCAAACAACCAUGGCUCCCUGGCAAAGCAGGAGCUGCAAACACUCUGGGCGAUGUUCACCUCCUGGUUGCAGCCAGAGAAGCAGAGCAAGGAGCAGAUGAUCUCUCAACUGGUCUUGGAGCAGUUUCUCCUCACUGGGCACUGCAAGGACAAGUUUGCUUUGACAGAGAAGUGGAAAUCCAGUGGCAGAAACAUGAGGAGAUUCAUGGAGGGUCUGACUGAUGAGUACUUGAAGCCUCCUGUCAUGGUCCAUGUAGCCAUGCACGGGCAGGAAGCCCUCUUUUCUGAGAACAUGCCCUUAAAAGAAGUCAUCGCACAUUUGGAGCAACAGAAGGUAGCAACAACUCCCGCACAAGAGAACACAAGGGCACUCUUGGAGAUCCCCAAAGAUGUGUUCUUGGCAGCAGGGGAGUCAGACUGGACAGAAGAGGGCUGCCGUGUGAUUCUCUACUUGUGUACAGUUUUAUCAAUUGUCUUAUUUGUCACAGGACAUGAAAAUACAGACGAUGGCUGCCAAUCCCCUUGGAACACUAGUGUUGGAAGUGACGGUGUUAAUAGUGCUGGAACUGUGAGGGAUUCCCUUUGCACCUUCCAGAGAGUGCAAUAUCAGGAGUUUGAAGACAGGGAUGUUUCUUAUGGAGUCCCACAGGUUUCCAGAAGAGUAACUCAAGAUACUUCCAGGUCCCAGGAAGUGUCCCUGAGGGCACCUUCUUCUGAAGAGGUCCUUAUGGAGGUACAGCCAGUGUUUCUCUCCCUCACCGAGCAGUCUGAGGAGACUGGAGACGGCUACAAUGCUACUGAUGGAGAGCAGUACUCUGUACCUGAUGUGGAAGGCGUUUCUUACAGAGAGCCUCAGGAUUUAAGAAUAGCAGUGUGCAGUACCCGCAGGUCCCUAGACAUAUCUCUGUGGGCAGCUUCUCCUGGAGUUGUCCCUAUGGAGGUCCCAGGCUUCCUCUGCAGGCCAGAGCAAUCUACCCCUAAGUCUGUCCCUCUUUUCCAGAAUCAUGAGGCAAAUUCCACCUUUAAGGGUAACCAAGAGAGACUCCAGAGAGACCCAAACCAUACAAAUGCGAGGAAUGUCCCAGAACCUUCAAAUAUCCCUGCAACCUCUCCAUCCACCCGAAAACACACAAGAAGGAGAGGCCAUUCUUCUGUAAGGUGUGCCAGACAGGCUUUCACCAAGUCUUGGAACUUCGAGUUCAUGAGGUCAUACACAAGGCAGGGAAGCCUUUCACAUGCGAUGCCUGUGGAAGGGCCUUCCGAUACAAGACCAACCUGCAGGCUCAUGAGAGGAUCCACACAGGAGAGAAGCCAUACUCCUGCUCCCUGUGUGAUAGCACCUUCCGCCAGUCAUCCACAUACCACAGUCACCUCAGGAAGUUCCACAAAUCAGAAUGAAGCGCUCACACCUCCGGGUGAGCAGGGAUUCAGCCUCAGGGUCUCAUCUGCACAUUAG